CGCGGCCAAGAGACUUCCGCUACGCCGCUCGCGAUCGACCCAUAGCGAGAGCACGAAAGGAGGCAGGAGGGGGAUUUCCAGCUCGAGCCCCCACUUCCCGAACCAGCCGUUGUUUUGCUUUCGGUCUGGACACAGAAACAGAGAAAAACGACGGCCACACUUUCCAUUUUCUACUUAAAAACACAAUUAAGUUAACUUGUCAAAUUUGAGCUGCGCGUGUUAUUCUGACAGCAGGACGGUGAGGCUACAGGCCGUCCAAACUGAACAGGACACAAUGCCGGUAGAGAGAAUGAGGAUGCGACCGUGGCUGGAGGAACAGAUCGACUCCUGCCAGAUACCAGGACUCAGAUGGGUUAACAAAGAAAAGCGGAUCUUCCAGAUCCCGUGGAUGCACGCUGCGCGUCACGGCUGGGACCUGGAGAAAGACGCUCCGCUCUUCAUGAGAUGGGCCAUACACACUGGUAAGUUCCAGCUGGGCACAGACCGUCCAGAUCCAAAGACGUGGAAGGCUAAUUUCCGCUGUGCCAUGAACAGCCUGCCAGACAUCGAGGAGGUGAAGGACAAAAGCAUCAAGAAAGGAACAAAUGCCUUCAGAGUCUACAAGAUGCUCUCCUCCUCGGAGAGAAACAUGAAGAAAGGAAAGAAGAAGAUGGACAAGGAGGGGAAGCCCAAGGGAAGCAAAGAGGUAGUUCCUCCAACUCCAGACAGGAGUGAUGCUCACGUUGGACCUAUUGACUAUACCAAACAGGAAACCGUCAAACAGGAAGUGAUCAAGCAGGAAGCACUAGAGUUCACAGUGACGGACAGUGCCUCAGCCAUUGACAGCUCCGUAGUAGACCAUGUGAUCACCAGCGAGCAGCUGCCAUUCGUCUGUCAGACGAUCGAAGUGACCACUGAGAACGAGGAGCAGACCGUCAGCUCCUCCCACUCAUACCCGCUCCAAAUCUCUCCUGUGUCUUCAUGCUGCGGCAGCGACACAGACAGUGACACAGAGGACACCAAAGAGGGUGUCAGUGCAGUCUGGAGGCGGGACUACAGCACUUCAGUUCUCAGGGUUCCCACAUGUUCUCUUCCCGGCAUGGCCACCUUCGUCACUGCGAGCAAGCCCAACUUCAGGGUCACCAGCACGCGAGACCCGACCCCCCUCAUCAGCUACCACACUGACGGCUGGACGCCAGCCUUCGACCAGAACUCUCUCGAGGCCACUAGCCAAACCCACGAGAUGCGCGCAAGUGUCAUUAUGAAAACCUCAGACGUGACUUCCUCUUGACCUCUGACCUCAGAUGAGGGAGUAUCAUCACUGCUUCCAGGGCAUAGGAAUGACGGAGAUAGUUUGUUUUCUCCAUCGGGGCUGCGUGGAGCCAAAACAGGAAGGGCUUCAAAACCUUUGAUUCUUUUGUAGCUUCUGUUGGGGCGAUUUAUUCUCUCAGAGAAACUGCAGACUGGUGUAGAAGGAACACUUCACCCACAAAAUGACCUUUUGUAUCACUUACUCGCCGUGCUACCUUGAAUUUGUGAAGAAAACUUUGGCCUUUCUGUAUGCCUCCGCAGUCAACGAAAAACUGAAACUGAGAAAAUUCUUGAUGAAUUGAAGUAAACGGGGGGGGGGGGGGGGGCGUUUAACAGCAAAACGAUCAGAAGUCUCCUUCAUGAAGUCGUGUGCUCACUACUUCCCAAACGCAUGCAUUUUCUCUACAACCUUAUUAUUUAAAAGACUUCUCGUAAACAGUGUCACGCUUGCACAGGCGCUACUCCAGUCCGAAGUGUCCUCUGCUGCUUUGUGCUAACACUCUAGCAUACAUCAUGCCAAAUAAAAUAAAUGUGCCACUUUUAUCUAAUGAAAGAAAUGAGCUUUUAGUUGUGGAAAUGUUUUUAAUUGCACAACCUGUAGAUAAAUACACGUUUUAAUGAAUUCUCUUUGAGUCAGUGUUGCCUUACUCCAGCUCACAGGAAGUUGUCUUUCACAUCACCCUUUUAUAAAAUGUCCAGAUUUAGCCACAAGAUUACUCACCAUUAAGUAUUAGAAACGAUUACCUGCUAUCUUAAGAGUGUGAGACCGCACUAAACGUAAGGUGUUCAUAACAAAGCAAUGAAUACAAAACUUCCUGGGAGAUAACAUCUUUGCUGACAAACCAGCUUUACCAGCAGCAAGCUGCAGAAGAAUCAAAGACACGUUGUUAUCUAGACAAACUAACAAUCAUUAUGAAGGCCGGAUUUGCCCCACGGUGGAAAGAGGCGUGUGUGUGUAUCUGACUGUCUGACUGUCUGUGGACCUCAGGACAAUGUACCCCCCCCCCACACACAGACAGACUCACUGACAGACUGUGAACAAUGUUUUCAUGUCGUCUCUUCUGCCUCCUGACGUUAGUCAUGUACAUAGCUCAUAUGUAUGUUUGCCUGCAAGCUGCUUCAGCACCUUACAGACAGCACUUGUGUGUGUGUGUGUGUGUGUGUGUGUGUGUGUGUGUGUGUGUGUGAGAGAGAGAGAGAGAAUUGAGCCUUAUUGAAGAUAUGUGCCUUUUGAUAGUGAGGCUGGAUUCAAACUAUCUGUGCUUUAGUCUGUGAGUGACACGUGCAGGUAGCUUUCAGGAAGUUUAUGUGUGUGUGUUUGAGACAACAGGCAGUGCUCUCGUGAGGAAUGAAGAAGUGGUUUCGAGUCUUUACCUAGAUAUUUGAGUAACAAUGCAACGCAUCUCAGAGUGUUACUAUUUAACCCUUGUGCUCUGGUGUCAUUAGACAACAAUGUCUGUGGCAGAAAAACAUAAAAAUUAUUUUCCACUUUGACUUAAAUCUUUUAGCAAACAUCCGUUCUGAUCAUAACUACCAAAUAUUCUUUACGUUUCCAGAUUUUAACCCUUUAAAUGCCACUAAAAAUGUUCUGCAAACUAAAUGCUCGGUGGAUUUUAUGUCACAGUCUGGGACGUGUCAGUGAUGAGCAACAACAUUGAUUAUUUCUGAUGCAUUAUGUGUUUGAUGCAAUGCAUCAAAGUGGGAACCUGGAGAAUCUCAUGCAUUUGCCCUUUAGGGGAAACAUGAGAACAUGUCUCAAUCUGGUGGAAAAUAGUAAAAGCUGCACAUUUAAAGCCUGAUGUAAUAGAAAGCAUGAUUUCAUGCUGUAAUGGCCGUAGAUAAACAGUUGAGGUUUCAAUGGGGAAGUUUUUGUUUGCCUUAAGGGCUGAGGUUGAACUUAAAGUUCGAACACCCUUGCCAAAAUGUAUUGCUUUUGCAUUAAAACAGCCAAAACUAAAUGUGUUCUCGGAAGCAGACAGAAUCUCAGGGUUUCAGAGAUCAGAAGCGACGACACAAGCAAAGUGAGUGCCGUUGCUUCUGCACAUUUAAAGUGAAUGUGUUGCUCUGAUAACAAGGAGGAACAGGGAAGUCUGGGCUGGAGCUACAUCCCAGAGGACUGUCCGCAUCAGCAGAGGCUGUUGUUUUUAAGCCACACUUGUUUUUACAGUCUAGUCUAAUGGCUCAAAAACUUCCCCUUUCCAGUUGACUUUAGUACACAGACAUCUCAGUCCUGGUGUUGGGUCAUUGGGUCUACCUCUCUAUUCUAGAGCAAAUCUAAUUAUUUAUUUGACACUUUGAGUGCAAAUACAUGUUGAACAGAAUGAUGAACUAUGGCUGCAAGUGGAAGAUGGUUUGUGUUUGUGGUGUGCCUUACAAGACAUUAUCGGAGCAGCUCGCCUCAUUAAUGAAUGAUGAGUAUCUGAAAGCUACUUGUGUUCGCAGACUAAAGCACGGCCCUCAUUCCCAGCCUGCCCUAAGCAGAGCUCCAGUGGAACAGCUCUCAAAGGUCCUGUAGGAAAACACGAGGAAAAUUAGGAAUCCACCAAGACUUCGGAACCAAACCACUAGAGACUUUACACUGGACGCACAUCACUAUCAUGGUGUAUUAAUUUAAGAAUCUCAUCUCAAAGGGGGUUUGGUAUUACUUGAUAGCUGACUGUGGAAAUGACUUAUCGCUUUUCCAACUGUUUCCUCGCUGUGCCUUUUUCUUAUUGUCCUGCACCACAUACUGACAGGUUGAAUCUGUUUGUGUGGCUCCACUUCAUGAUUGAUAGUCGGGCUGCAGACUACUUUAAAGCAAUGUGUGCAAAUGAUUUUGUCAGCAGCCUUUUUUUUUAACCCAUGCAUUCGUCCUUGUGAGCCUUUUUAUCUUCAGCACUUUGGUCAGAGCGGUCCCGUCGUCUCUGAACUCAAACGAUGCACAACCCUGUAGUCGUAAGGACCAAAUCAGAAGCUGUUAAUUGUUGUGCCUCAUUGUGUAAUAAUGCGUAUAAACAGCAUGAUCCUUUACACCAGAGCAGACGCAAUGACCUAAGUUACGUUUUGUGUUCAAUAUUGACGCAUGGGUUGACCGGAAGUUUUGAACUUCUAAAUGAUCGAGACCUCGACUUAAACAAUGAAAUAUUCUGACCCAUCCAUCAUUCGCAUCGCCUCAAAGCCAGGCCACGUUAUAGGAAGAGAUUCAGGAGGAAUAACUCAAGUGCACUUAGAAAAGCUGUGUGUGUGUGUGUGUGUGUGUGUGUGUGUGUGUGUGUGAGUAAAUAAAAGGGAUGUCAUUGCAGCCAAAAGUUGAUUUCAUUGAGAUGUAAUAAUGUUAAUGUCAAAAAGUGAUCCAUCAUGUAGUUCAACCUGCUUCUGCUUCAUGUGAUUCAGAGCCACUUAAAGGAGUGUCUCAGCACAUACCGUAAAGAACAAUAGUUUUGUUCAGUUUUAAAAAAUUAAGAAAAGUAAUUUCUCAGCUACUCGCAAUGCAGCAAAGAUGUUUUCAGCGCAACAUGUCUCCACUGUUUAUUCUCUGUACAUGUUGAACUACAUGUAAAUCUGAAUAAAGACAGUUUUUGUAUUUA